AUGCUUCAACGUCUCAGUAUAAUGCAUUCUGUGCUAGCAGCCAUAUGUGUUUUUACAUUGCUUAGUACUUGUUUAGUGGAAGCGAAAAAUGUUGCAGGGAUCGAACAGUACCAAGACGAGAAUGGUAGAUUACGUCGGAGAUUUACCAGGGAAGAGUUGCCCUUACAGGCUCGUGAUGGCAAGAGGCUUCCAUUUGAUUUAGAUCAGGUUAUCGACGAGGAUUCAAAACUGUUGAAACGUGAUCCUAAGAGACUACCCUUGGAUGUGGACAGAAUUAUCAACGAAGAGAAUAGGAUAGUUAAACGUGGUAAAGUUUCGAACCAACAGGAUUUUAAAGUGAAUAAAGGCGAGUACGAGAUGAGACCAGUAUCUCUGGAUUCUAAGCUUACUUCAUUGAAGGAGACUUUGAUCUUUUUCGGUUACGCAAGAAAUGAUAUCGAAUUAGCUGCAAAAUUAAGCGAUGAGACUCAAGAUAUCAUUAUCAUUGCACCAACUAAUGAUGCUAUAUCUGCGCUUCCAAUGAAACCUUGGGAAUACCCUCAGGACAUCGAGACCCUAGAGUCUAGUGGAGCUACUGCGAUGGAGAUUGACAAUGCAAUUCAGCAUAACAUCCUGAAGUUUGUAAGGUCUCAUGUGGUAGCAUACGAUGACAAUACUUCAUACAGAGAGUUCAAGUCUGGGUACACAACUUUGAGAAGUGUCGACUUUGAAAAUUCAAGAAGACAAGAUGCUGAUGGUGAUAUCCUGUUAAAGAAAGAAGGUGAUACCUUUUAUGUGGCGUCGAACAGAGAUAAAAAGUUUCACGAGGUGGAAAAGAUUGAAGCCGCUUCUAAUGGAGUUGUAUUGGUUAUUGGAUCAUGUCUGGAAUGGCCAUAG